AUGCUGGGCCCAACAUUCUUCGCUUUGACCAUGGCGAGCGUUGUGCUGACGUCGGCGCCGCUGGCAGCCAUCAUCGUUGGCUUCCAGUACGGUGUCUACGAGGACAUUCGCUUCCGCUUCCUCGAGGCGCGCACCUUGAAGCUGACCACGUCGUCUACCUGGCGCGAUAGCGUCUACGUCUUCCCGCCCGGCUUUCGGCCCAUCUACGACUGCAAGGAACCGACGAUGGCUGUGACCUUCUUGUCCCCAUACGCGCUGGGCUUGCCCCGUGGUGCUUUGUCCGAUGCGCGGCUUCCGUUGCACCUUGCAAUCUACGAAGGCGACGUGGCAGCGACGCAGCGCAUUCUGGCCUGUCGCCCGGAUCUCGCAUCUGCCGAGGCCAUCGACGUUGCCUUCUACUGCGCCCGCUUCGAGUUGGCUUCGUCUCUCAUGGAGCUGCGCCAGCAUCUGCCGCAGCUUAGCAAGCACUUGUAUCCGUGGAAUACGACGGCCGGCAACAACAGUCCCAUCGGGCAGCACUUGCCGAUGCGGGUGGACAUGCGAUACCUUGCGCAAGGCCAUCCGCGCGCGCUCGUUUGA